UUAUGGUCAAUGGCCUUAGGGCAUAAUAAGACGUGGCUAUCGUUUUGAUUCAGGCAAAUAAUCUUUCUGAUGUUCCGCGUUAGCAGAAAGGGACCAGAAAGGGACCGAGAGUCUCGCGGGCUUCUUGAAUAUGCCAGGACGGACUACUGAAGAACAUUGUUUACAGUGUAUCAAAGGAGUUUUGAUUUAGGCUAAGUUACUGGUCCUCUUCAUCUCUCCAUUCUACGGUAUUUUUACGCUUGAAUUACAGUGAAUUCUAAUGGGGAAGAACGAUUUCUUGACCCCCAAAGCAAUAGCCAAUCGGAUUAAAGCAAAGGGUCUACAAAAACUGCGAUGGUAUUGCCAGAUGUGCCAGAAGCAAUGCCGAGAUGAGAAUGGCUUUAAAUGUCACUGUAUUUCGGAGGGUCAUCAACGGCAAAUGCAGGUCUUCGGCCAAAACCCCGACAGAUUCGUUGACGGCUAUUCUGAAGAAUUCGAGGCUUCUUUCCUCGAGCACAUAAAGAGAAGCCAUCGAUUCAGCCGCGUGGCUGCUACCGUUGUUUACAAUGAAUACAUUGCUGACCGCCACCAUGUUCACAUGAAUUCCACGCAGUGGGCCACUUUGACAGAUUUUGUGAAGUAUAUAGGCCGUACUGGCAAGUGCAAGGUUGAUGAAACCCCAAAAGGGUGGUUUAUUACCUACAUUGACAGGGAGUCGGAGACGUUGUUGAAGGAGAACCUGAAGAAUAAGAGGGCCCGGGCGGAUUUGGCAGAGGAAGAGCGCCAUGAGAAGGAAAUUCAGGAGCAAAUCGAGCGAGCGGAGAAAAAAACUGCUAAUUCAACAUCAGAUCAUACGCCGGCGCCGGAUUUAGCGAGGUCGGAAAUGGUACCAAAUGGUAAAGUUGCGUUUUCUCUGUCUAAGUCGGCACUGGCUCCUGAAGCUGCUGAAAAGAGAAAAUUUGAGUCUGUCUUUGAAAAAGAUGGGGAGAACCCCGAAAAUUCUAAUUUUGGAGCUGGUAAACCUGAAAAUUCUAACCUUCAUGGUCGAAACUCCGACGACCCUAAUUUUGGAGAACGAAAUCCUAGAAAAUCUCGGUUUGGGGAUUCAAAUCCUAGGGAUAAGAAAGAAAUCAAUGGGGGCAAGGCUGGCGAGGGGGCUGCUGCUCUGGCAGAGCUUAUGAAGGAGCAGGAGCGCGCUAAGGAUAAAAUGAACAGGAAAGAUUAUUGGCUCACUGAAGGAAUUGUAGUGAAGGUCAUGAGCAAGGGUUUGGCUGAGAAAGGAUAUUAUAAACAGAAGGGAGUUGUGAUAAAGGUAAUUGAGAAAUACGUUGGGGAGAUUAAGAUGAUUGAGACUGGCCAUGUUCUGAGGGUUGAUCAGGAGGAACUUGAGACGGUCAUACCACAGAUUGGGGGCACGGUUAAAAUUGUUAAUGGUGCAUACCGGGGAUGCAAUGCUAGGUUGCUUGGUAUUGAUACUGACAAGUUUUGUGCGAAGGUUCAGAUUGAGAAAAGUAUCUAUAACGGGAGAUUGCUGACGGCAAUUGAUUAUGAGGAUAUAUGUAAAAUUGCAUGAAUUCAGAGGUCAAUGGGAGUACUAUGAAAGCACUGAUUGAUUACUGCUCCGACAAGGACAGGUGCUUAAUACAAAAGUUGUCUAGGUUCUCGUUGCUUAUUACUUAUUACCAUGGGGCUGGAUAAACAAGGUCAAUUUAAAUCCUCUUGGCAGUCUCUUGUUAAAAUUAGUACCAUCUUAUGUUUUGCAUUUAAUGUUGGAGAAAGUUCUUGAUCCGUUUCUGAGGUUGGUUUGACAUGAGAAGAAGAAGAAGCAGCAGCAAGGUAUAUUGUUGGAGAUGGAAUAAGUGCAUAUAAGUGGAGCUAUUUAAACAUCAUAGCAUUUGCUGUUUUUAAAUUUUAAGAAAAUGCAGUGGUGCUGGAAUUGUAUCUGAUGUCCACAAAUGCCUUCAUUAGUUGGUUAACUCAAACAUAUCUUCAAUUUCAGGUUUGAGAAUGUCUGUUAUAUGCCGUAAUCCACUUCCAGCCUGGCAUAAUUGCAGUUCAGGACAUGGUUGCAAUGCCAGUGGAUAGUGGGGCACUUAAGGCUCUGUUUAUUCUUUAUAGUAGAUUUUGUCACUCUGAACUGUGUUUUGUGCCAUUUCCUACUAAGAAAGAUGCACAACACCAAAAAAUGUUAAUGUAUGUCAUAUUUAAAUGAGUUCCUCUACGCUGUAGACGUACUGGUUGCAUGGUCUAGUUCUAAAUUGCAGGACUGUGGGGUGUAAGUUGCUGGAUAUGUAAAAUAAGAUCCAAAUAAAUACUCAGAUACAAAAUAUGAAGUGCUACUUGUUCCAUAGA